CACAGUAAAAGGAAAGUACAAAGGUCAAUGAUUAACCUUUUCUUAACAUACAUUAUGGCAACAGAUGCCCUUUAUGAAGUAUUUGUAGGAAACAAGCUGUGAGCAGCUGCAUUCCGACUCUUUCCUCACCUUUUGAUGACACUACUCAUCCAGAUUCACCACAGCAUCGGCCUCACCAUGUCUGAUGUCACCAUCCCAAGUGGCCUGUAUGAACAACAGGAAAUACUGAUGGAGAUCACACCUUUGUGCUUCUCCAUUCAAGCUACAAAGACUGUCCUCCUCAGAACAUUGUUCUGGGAGGAAUUCAGCAUCAAGGAGAAGAACGAUGGAUGGACUCUUCUGAAAGGAGAAUGCCGUCUUCAGGGAGUAUUUCUCCUUGCCAAUGCCUUGCUGGAAAAAAGUCACGUCCUUGCACGUAAGACUACAUACUUGUUAGUGCCUUUACUUAAUCGUGGGAAUGACAAACAUAAACUCACAUCCACAGGCUUUUUUGUGGAGCUCCUAAAGAGUCCAGUGACCAGGAGACUGUCCAGAUUAUACUCCAUUGUUCGCUUGAAAGACUGGCUGUGUGAUGAAAAUAAUCUCUUCAGAAUUCUUGCACUGAGAGGACUGCACAAUCUUAUCAGACACCAAGAAAUGAGGGAAGACAUCAAGAGCCUGCUACCAUGCAUCUUGGAAAGCCUACAUGAGACUGAUGAGAGGAUUGUUUUGUUGGCCAUCCAGACAUUCCUGCAGCUCAUCAGGACACUGGACUGCACCACCCUGGCUACCAUGAUGAAAACCCUGUUCUCCUUAUUUGGUGAUGUAAGACCUGAUGUUCAUCGUUUCUCCUUGACCCUCUUUGGAGCCUAUAAGGCUGUGAAGCUCAUGGAUAAGAAGAGCGUGGAAAACCAAGUCUUGGAGAGCCUAGACCCACUACUUUUUUCUCAGGAUGAAAAUUAUACAAUAGCUGAGGAGAGUGGGCGAGUCCUAACUAUAUGUGCCCAGUUCCUGAAAUGGAAGCUGCCCCAAAAAGUGUACUGCAAAGAUCCAUUGUACAUCAAACCUAUUGAAGUUAGAGAAAUCUGCAAAUUCUUUGAGGAAAAAAGCAAGGGAAAAAUAAACAUCCUAGACCAAACAUUAAUGUAUUCCAAGAAUGCAAAACUUCCCAUCAGAAGAACAGCAGCCUUGUUUAUAGACUUACUGCAUUUAUCUUGUAUUUAGGACUCAUCAAAGUAUGUGGAUCACAGUGAACUUAGGAGGAAGGCUACUGACUGGAUACCGAAUGAUCUGAGAGAUCUGCUACAAGACCCUGAGCCCUUUCUGCACCUCAUGGCCUCCCAGGCUCUGUUCCACAUCCAAAGGGUGGGGAAUGAUCCAGAAUCAGAGCAGAGAUUUUCUUGGUUGAGGAAACUCUUGGGCUGUCUUCCUAUUUAA